AUGUCCAUACACUAUUCCGCGCCACCGCCGCCCACCCUCCAAUCCAUCCGCUGCUCCCUCUCCCAUAUCUCCUCCCCGCCUCCCGACCACCGCCCCUUCGACACCCCCCACCGCUUCGCUGCCUUCGCCCACCGCCUCUCCCACCUCCUCCUCCUCCUCCUCCCGCAUCAGCACUCUCCACCCGUCCACACAUCCCUCAAGGGACUCGCCGCCGAGCUCUCCAAGGCCGCCGAAACCCUCUCCGUCUACAACAACGGCAGCAAGAUUCUCGUCCUCCUCGACUGCAAAUCCCUCUGCUCCGCCCUCCACGAACGCGUCGUCGCCAUUGCCGCUUGGCUCGCACUCCUCGCUUCCGCCCUCCCAACCGCCGCCUCUGGCGUCGACGACGACGACGACCUCCGCAAGAAGGUCUCUGACCUCGCUAGGGACAUGAAGCUCGCACAGUUUAUUGUAUCAGACAGCGAAAAGAAGGUUUGGUGCACACUACAAAAGGAAGGAGAUGGAAGAGAGAGCAGCAAAGCUGUGCAGAGUGGAAUUGUCAUGGAUUUGGCUCGCGCUUUGGGUUUUGACCCUAGUGAUCGUGAUGAGUUUUGUAACCAGGUGAGGCUCUUCAAAGAUGAUCCUUUUAGAUCUCACUCUGUGCCUGAGAGAAGAGUAUUGGUAUCCUUGGAGAGGAUUCUUAGCAAUUGGUCCGUGGAACCUGUCUCUGUGACCUCCCAUUGGGACUUUGAAGAUGCUGAUGCUCCUGUUUUUCCAUUUAAGAGUUUCCUCUGCCCCUUGACCAAGGAAGUCAUGAGGGACCCUGUGGUUGUUCUGGAGUCCUCUCAGGCCUAUGAGAGGACUGCCAUUGAGUACUGGUUUGAACGGUGCAUACAAGAUGGCCGUGACCCCACUUGUCCAGUUACUGGAACGGUUCUUAAGUCAUUGGAGCUGAAGCCUAACAUUGGGCUAGCUGGGGCAAUUGAUGAGUGGGUUGGCAGGGUUGUUGAUUAUCAAAUCAAAUCUGCAGUGCAGUAUCUGAGUGAAGAACCCUUGUCUGUUGAUCAUGUUGAGCAUGCUCUGGAUCAUGUUUAUAAGGUUUCAGAAGAACACCCCGCUAGAAUAUACAUAAUCAGAAAUGCUGGUGUUGUGAUUUUGAUAGUAAAUGUGCUCAGUAAUAACUCCAAAACUAUUGGAUCACGUUUGAGAAGUAAAGCUCUAACGACUUUACUUAGCAUGGCGAAGGAUGACGAAAGCAGGAAAAUAAUGCUUGAACGGGGUAUAACUAGAUUGGCUGUACAUAGUCUUAUUGGGAGCUCUGAGAAAGAGAGAGAAUAUGCUACCAAGUUAUUACUAGAAUUCUGCAAUGAUGAAGAUUGUUGUGCAAGAAUUGCAUCAGAAAAAGGUGCAUUAGUUCUUCUCUCAAGUAUAGCAGGAAAUCUAGAGUAUCCAUCUUUGUCAAAUUUAGCUGAGGAAGUCUUGAGGCAGAUGGAGAGGGUAGAUGAUAAUGUUCAAUGUUUGGCAGCAGCGGGAAGAUUUGGACCAUUGAUUUCACGGUUACACAAUGGUUCUGUUGGUGUAAAGAUAGAGAUGGCUUCUCUGGUGGGAAGGAUGACCUUAACAAAUAGCUGUAAAGAACAAAUUGCAAGGCAAGGAGCCAGAGCAUUUGUAGAACUUCUGCCUUAUCAAGAGGGAACUAGACCAAGUCUGCAAGCAUUGUAUAACUUGUCAGGAUUGGAUGGCAAUGCAACCAUCCUUAUUGAGUCUUCAGUCCUUCCAUCUCUAACGGAAGUUUUAUUUGAUAGGCAGGAUCCAUCUCAUGAGCUGAAGUCAUUAGCUGCUUCAACAAUUGCGAAUAUUGUAUCUAAGCCAGGGCAUUGGGAAUUAGCUUCCGCUGACAAGAAAGGAAACCCAAUGCAGUCAGAAAUUAUUGUUUUAAGACUUCUGGGGCUUUUAAACUGUUUGCCCUCUCAGUGUCAAGUGGUAGUUCUUCGCAUUCUUUGUGGUAUUAUAUCAUCUCCUCAAGCAUCAGAGUUAGUAGCAAGUCAUAUCACGUCCAAGGGUGGCUUUAGAACGGUCAUACCAUUUCUGGAACACCCAGAAGUUGAACACAGGGUGUUUGCUUUUAAGCUUACAAGACUACUAUCCGAAUGGUUUAGUCAAUACAUUGCAAAUGAGUUGAGACUUCAAAACAAACUUACUAUACUCAAAGAAAAACUGUUAAAUAACCAAUCUACAAGUGAUGAAAGGUCAGAUGCAGCACAGAUACUAGCCAAUGUCUCCCUCUCAGAAAGUGAAAUGCAGACACUUCUAGGAGGUAAUUUUGUGGAAUGGACUGCUGUUACUCUCAAGAACCAGCUGCGUGCUUCCAAUGCAAGGUCUUCUCAUAGUGCUGCAGGCAUGCAGGAAGGUCUUAUAGGUCUCUUGCUUCACUUCACAAGAAACCCUGAUCAAGAAACUCUUACUAUAAUUAGGGGUAAUCACCUUAUGGACAUUUUCUGUGAGCAGCUGGAUUAUACUUCAAAACCAAAGGUAAAACAACUUGCUGCUAUUGGAUUGAAAAACUUGUCAGAAUUUGGAUAUUCAGAUACUACCAGGGACUCUAAACUACCAUCUUCCGGUGGAUUCUGUUCCUCCCUUGUGUUUGUCUGUGGGAGAUCCCCAAGUCAAUCUUCCACAUGCCCCAUUCACAACCGUCCCUGCAAUGAAGAUAGUCAGUUUUGCCUGCUCAAGAGCAACUGUAUUAAACUCCUGGUUGAUGUCCUCAAUGACAGUGACACUGAUGUUCAGCUAGCUGCAGUGGAUGCACUUUCAACACUAGUACUAGAUCACAAAUCUAGCAGUUUCAAAAGAGUUGUUGACGAGCUUGAACAUUUGGGUGCAGUUGAUGCUCUUAUGACUCUUUUUACAGAAGUUAGAUCUGAGGAGCUUCGGGAGAAGACAAUUUGGAUGAUAGAAAAGAUAUUGAGAGUGGAAAAUAUUAGCAGUCGAUAUGCACUCAAUCAUUCUCUUGUGAGAACUUUGGUCGAAGCCUUUAAGCAUGGCAAUACCAACACAAGGAAACAUGCUCAAGAUGCUCUUACCCUCCUAAAGCAGUUAUCAGGAGUUAGUGGAAAGACAUCAAGUCAAACUCGAGCUCGGAGAUAG